GUCAAGUAUAAAAACGGGUGGUUUGAGGGAGAAAGACUGCAGGAAAGCAGAAAUUUCAAAAACAACAGGGAUGAAGACAGUUGCAGUCCUGAUUCUAGCGUUCAGCUGCUGUCUAUGUGAAGAUCAAGCCAAUGAAAACAAUGACAAAGUCCAUCAGUGCUUGGGGUCGACCGUCUGCUGUGACAUCAAUUCCCUCACUUCCCUAACUCAAAGCCUAGGAGCACUGGAAGAGAAGGCUGCGAACAUGGCAGAGAAAAUAACAGUGCUGGAGGAUAAAUUGAUAAACACUGAAAAAGAAGUCCUGGAGCUGCGGAGCCUGACUGGAGGCACACCUCAGGUGGCCUUUUCUGCAACUCUCAGGGAAUCUGGAUUUGGGAACACUGGACCUUUCACCACUGCUACCCCACUGAAAUAUAAGAAAGUCUUCUCCAACAUUGGCAAUGGCUACAAUUCUUCAACAGGAAUUUUCACAGCACUUGUCAAAGGAAUGUACUUCUUUCGAUUCUCGGUGUUCGUCAGCAGUCCUCCCAACACUGUUGUGAGCCUCAUGAAGAACAGCAAGCGGCUUACGUCUGUUUGGGACACCGUAAAAUCUGAUAGCCAUGACAUGGGCAGCAAUGCUGUGGUCAUCCCUCUCGAGGUUGGAGACAAUGUGUAUGUGGAGCUCUGGGCAAACAGGACGGUUUAUAGCAAUAACAUGAACUACAACACAUUCAGUGGGUUCCUGCUCUUCAUUACAUGAUUUAAAUAUGAUUUCAGUUUUUGUUUUUUUUUUUGUUACAGUCAAAUGAAUAGCUGACAAGAUCAAAUUUUUCUCUCCCAGUGAUUCAAAUCACCUGCAACUCGUGAAGUUAACCACCUGUGCUCCCUUAAAUCAAUUACCUACUGCAGCAUAUAUAGGUGUGUCUAACCCCUUCUCCCCUUUUUGUCUCACUUCUCACAGCCCUUUCUACCCAUGAACCCUCUUCCUCUAAUUUUUCCCUUCUCUGCAGGCUCUGCACUCUCCUCAUUAUCUCCGAUCCUCCAUCUAGCCAAUAAAGCCACUUUCCUACCAUACAUCAAGCAUUAUCUUGUUGUUUGGUAACUAUUUAUGUGACCAGUGAUGUGCUGUGUAUCAUUCUGGUGAGCAAAUGGAAAAUUAGAUAAACAUGUACACGUACAUAAAAUUUAUUUUGAGACAUUGGGUCUAAUUCAGCAACAUGCUCUUAAAUUUCUCUCAUGUUUUCUCUUAAUCUUCUGGUAAGAGAAAAGAAGUCAACCUCAGAUGCACCAAAACCAUUUAAAUCUGCUCUUACCCAGGUGUGCUCAACAAUGACCCCCACCUGGUCAUAAGUCAUUCAUUAGCACAGGUAACGCCCACUAACCACCAUAUAAGGGCAGGUUGGUGCCUGUGCAAAGACUCAGGUACAUGGCACAUGACACCACAAAAGGCAGAGGUGCUUGGUAAUAACUUGUAGCCUGUGAAAAUGAAAUGUUUUUGUCUUAUCUUGGUGAUAAUGUCUCAACCAGUCAUAAAAUUUUCUCUUACCCAAGAGAGAAGCAAAGAUAAGAACAAAUUGCAGAUACGAGCAAAAAUAAGAGAAAAUUUGUUUGUAUUUUGUUUCUUGUGUGAGGCCCAUUGUAUGAAUAAUAAAUAUUAAGCACAAUGCCUGCAUCUCAAUCUUUAUCUCAUACUGUUUUAAUUCAUAAUUUUAGUAGUGUGGUUAUUUGAAUUGAAAGUAAAAAUGCAAUAGAAAUAAACCUUAAAAAUAUUA